CCCUUCGACCGGGAUCUUCCUUCAGAGAAGGGGGGGCGGGACAGAAUCCUUCCGCUUUGAGUGCUUCCGGCGGGGAGAAGGGAACUUGCGGUUGAUGGGGUAGGCUCUACUAUGGGAAAGAAGCACAAGAAACACAAGGCAGAGAAGGCGGAAUGGCGCUCGGCCUCUGCCACCACGUACAGCGAUUACGUAGACAAGCCUUUGGAAAAACCUUUAAAACUGGUACUUAAAGUUGGAGGCAGUGAAGUGACUGAACUUUCUGGGUCAGGGCAUGAUUCUAGUUACUAUGAUGACAGAUCAGAUCAUGAGCGAGAACGACAUAAAGAGAAGAAGAAAAAAAAGAAAAAAAAGUCUGAGAAAGAAAAGGAAAAGCAUCUUGAUGAUGAAGAAAGAAGAAAGAGAAAGGAAGAGAAAAAGAGGAAAAGGGAGAAAGAACAGUGUGACACUGAAGGAGAAACUGAUGACUUUGAUCCUGGAAAAAAAGUGGAGGUUGAACCUCCUCCAGAUCGUCCUGUCAGAGCAUGCAGAAAUCAGCAAGCUGAAAAUGAGAGCACACCAAUCCAGCAAUUACUAGAACACUUCCUUCGCCAGCUUCAAAGGAAAGAUCCUCAUGGGUUUUUUGCUUUUCCAGUCACGGAUGCCAUUGCUCCUGGAUAUUCCAUGAUAAUAAAGCACCCCAUGGAUUUUGGUACUAUGAAGGAAAAAAUUGCAGCAAAUGAAUACAAAUCAGUCACUGAAUUCAAGGCAGAUUUUAAACUUAUGUGUGAUAAUGCAAUGACGUACAACAGACCAGAUACUGUUUACUACAAGCUAGCCAAGAAGAUACUGCACACAGGCUUUAAGAUGAUGAGCAAAGAACGGCUGUUAGCUUUGAAGCGCAGCAUGUCGUUUAUGCAGGACAUGGAUUUUUCUCAGCAGGCAGCUCUUUUGGGUGAUGAAGACACAUCAGUUGAGGAACCUGUCCCUGAAGUUGUUCCUGUACAAGUAGAGACUACCAAGAAAUCUAAAAAGCAAAAUAAAGAAGUUAUUAGUUGCAUAUUUGAACCCGAGGGAAAUGCGUGCAGCCUGACAGACAGCACUGCUGAAGAACACGUCCUGGCACUAGUGGAACAUGCAGCAGAUGAGGCUCGGGAUAGGAUCAAUCGAUAUCUUCCCAACAGCAAGAUCGGUUAUCUAAAAAAAAGAGGAGAUGGAACUUUAUUAUUUAGUGUAGUAAAUUCAUCUGAUCCAGAAGCAGAAGAGGAAGAGACUCACCCAGUGGAUCUGAGUUCACUGUCAAGCAAAUUAUUACCUGGCUUCACUACACUGGGCUUUAAAGAUGAACGAAGAAACAAAGUUACCUUUCUUACCAGUGCUAGUACAGCCCUUUCCAUGCAAAACAACUCUGUUUUUCAUGAUUUGAAAUCAGACGAAAUGGAACUCCUAUACACAGCAUAUGGUGAUGAAACUGGGAUACAGUGUGCCUUAAGCUUACAAGAAUUUGUGAAGGACGCUGGAAAUUACAGCAAGAAAAUAGUAGAUGAUCUUCUGGACCAGAUCACUAAUGGAGAUCAUUCCAAAACUGUUUAUCAGCUAAAGCAGAGACGAAACAUCCCAAUAAAACCACUGGAUGAAGUUAAAGUUCUACCAGUUCUCAUAAAAGAAGAACACAAGUUGCGUAAUACCUGCCCAGAUUCUUCCAAACAGAUUAUGGUUGGAGAAUCUGCUGGAGAUGGUAACACUUCUGACUUGGACUUUCUCUCUAUGAAACCAUACUCAGAUGUAUCUCUUGAUAUUUCCAUGUUAAGUUCAUUAGGGAAAGUGAAGAAGGAACUUGACCAUGAUGAUAACCAUUUACACCUGGAUGAAACAACUAAGCUGCUGCAGGACCUCCAUGAGGCUCAAGCUGACAGAGUGGGAUCUCGGCCUUCAUCCAAUUUGAGUUCUCUCUCCAAUACCUCUGAAAGAGACCAGCAUCAUCUUGGAAGUCCUUCUCAUCUGAGUGUUGGAGAACAGCAAGACAUGGUUCACGAUCCUUACGAAUUUCUUCAGUCUCCAGAAACCUCAAAUGCUACUACUAACUAAUCUGUUGUAUGUUAUAUAUAUAUAUACAUACAUAUAUGUAUGUGUGUGUGUGUGUGUAUAUAUAUAUAUUGUUUUUUAAUUGUAUUAUGUUAUCAUAAAGUUUUUGUACAUGGCAGAAACCUCAAUUUUGUCCUCUUUCAUGUGAGGAUCCCUGUAUAAAGUUGCCAUAUAUGCUGAAUCUUGGUUGAAAAAUAUUAAGUAAUGUGUUACGGAAUUUGCGUUUUAUAGAAACUAAACAGCGAUCGUUGUUCUAGCAUCAUGACAACAAUCACGAAAUGUUUCCCAUUGAAUCAUGUACCAGUCUCUGUUCAGGUCUUAACUUGAACAUCCUCAAAGAGGAAUAUUUUAUUUCAGCAGUGACAGAGCUGAAUGAAUUGUGAUAAUUAUUAAUGUUUCCCAUUUUCUAACCAUAAUAAUCUGUGGAAGUGGUUUCUGUUUCCCCAUAUUUGUAAAUUCUUGUUUCAUGUUUCAUUACCCUAGAGAAUACUUGAUAUGAGAGUAACAAUACUUGUAGUUGCGUGAAAAUGCUCACUACAUUCAUUCUACCCUGGAUCUAAAAAAGGUGGAUGCUUUUGUGAUCCCUUGUGUCUUAAAAAUGAAGAAAAUAUAAUACUCAUAUUUUAAUUCAAUAUUUGCUUGGAUGAAAAAAAAUACUGGAUAAGAAGUGCUUUUUCAGUAGUUCUAAAGUAAAACCUUUAGAAUUCAGUACUGAUGUAUUGGGGGGGUUGUACCACUGGUAUCUGCAAGCUGGACAAAUGCUACAGACUUGCAAUAGUUUGUAAAUAUUAAUACAAAAACACGUUUUGUUUGCAA